CACAACACCAAGUUAAGUUAAGUUACGAUUAAGGUAUCUAAACAUCCGUAAUAUUAGUGUGUGCCAGACUGCACUAUGUAUUUCAUAUGACUUACUUAGUUUUACACGAUCUAACCCAAACGUAAACUAAGUGUCUCAGCGUUAAGACUGCGUCUGUCGAAACUAUUGAGGCAGCCGUCUGUUCAUAUGGACAUUCACUUUUAAUUGUUAUGCACCGUAAGUUGUGUUUUGUUGUGUGCUGUCUUGUGUGUCAGUUUGGUUACUGAACGCUUUGGCGCGAUGAGACCUGUGGCGUGUUGUGACGUGAUGCUUAUGCAUCUGUGACGUAGUGUCCUGACCGUCGCGAAAACACAUGCCAGUCGUUUGGCAGUUGCUGUCUAAGCCUUGGGUGAGAAGGUUGUAUGGUAUUUCAGCAUCAAACUGAGCUCUAUGUGUUUGAGUUAUUGUAAGACCAGAUUCUGGAUAAGCUUAUAUUAAAUUUUGUUUUGUUUCUGUAAAGGACUUGAGUUCGGUUAAUCAGAUAAUGACGUAUGAACGGUUGGAGCGAACUUGACGGGUGAAACCCAAUCUUUACGGACGCGACAGGGCACAUUUCAGACAAGUGCUGGCAUUCGUCCGUCACAAUGUGACGAUGGAGUGGGCUUCGGAGGACGAAAUCCACAUGGCCUGGGAUUAUUCUUCUAGGCUUAUAAGAUGGUUCCCAGCAGCAAAUCGCCUCUCUCCACGCCACUGGAUAACCCAAGGGAACAUCAUUGGAUGAUACACCAGUGACGUCGCAGGAGUUGUCGGAAUGUUUCAUUGUAACAAUGUUAUCCGCCUUUUGGGACUCCAUCUCCGGGUUUGAUUUCAGAGUUUCCUUCUCUUGGAUGAGUUGCCGUCCAAGGUUAACGAGUCCCAUCUACCCGGGGUGCUGGUGGUGUUUUUUUGUGCUCUUCCUGGAAUUGAACUCCAGACCACCAACUUGAGAUUUGCUCAGUUUAGACCACUCGGCCACCCAGCACCACUCGGCCACCCAGCACCACUCGGCCACCCAGCACCACUCGGACAAGUACUUGCAGGAUGUCUUCUCUUGUAAGGUUGAACCCAGGGUUUCUUUAAGCUAUAUCCCCGGGGGGGGGGGUACUGCCCCCUCCCUCCGGGGAAGUUCAAGUGUCCCCCUCCCAGAGAAAAAUAUGUACACCAAUAAAACAAUGUACAUUUUAUUAUAAAAAAUAACAAAUUAUCAUUUUUAAAAUAAUUUUAAAAAGAAUAUUAGCUGGUGUCAUUAACCGAUUACAAUUAGUGGAAUCUAUAAAAUAUCGCUACGCACGAUAUAUUUGAUGAUCCGUAUUGUUAAGGUUAAUCCUCUGAGAAGCUUAUGAUAUUCGAUUAUAAAUAUCGCAAUGUUUGGCACAAUUGCCGAUUAUGAUCCGAAGUAUUACUUGCCGUUCACCUUUUUCUGUAUUUUUUGUUUAAUUAUAUUUUGCAAAUUCACAAGUUUAAAGACUUUAAUAACACUGUAUUAAACUACUUUUACCACAUUUUUAAGGUCUAUAAUUUUAAUAAAGUUCCCACUAAGUAUCAAACGAGAGCAAUCUUUUCAUGCUUUCAAAUGAUAUUUUAUAACAAAAUCAUGACUUUUAAACUGGGGAAUGGCGUUAAUGACAAAUUGGCAAUGGCGUCAUGCUUUCAAAAAUGUGGUUAUUGUUAGCAAUCAGUGUUGUUGUUUUUUUCAGCUAUCUCUAUGGCAGCUCUCUGCCCCCCCCCCAGCCCGGGCGGGAUCACAAUGUGUACCACAAUACAACAAAAAUAUAAUUUGUUUAAAUAUAAAAAAUGACAUUUGCGUAUUAACUGUUGCCGCCUUUAACCGAUUACAAUUAGUGGACUCUAUGAAAUAUCUCCAGGCUCGAUAUAUUUGAUGAUCCGUGUAUUUAAGGCCAAUCAAGUUAUAGUAUUAGGUUAUAACAAUCGCACUGACCGCUCCAGUCUUACUUCCUCAUCCUCCUCAUGUCCCUUAGUCCUUGGACCGUUGGGGCGCCACAGAUGACAUGUGAACUAUCAUCCAUUCCUCUCCGUCUUCAGCACUACGCACUGCAUCGCCCAGUGUUAGUCCAGUCCACUCUUUGAUGUUAUCCUCCCACUUUUUUCUUUGUCUUCCUCUUCUUCUCCCUCCUCUUGUGGUACCGUGAAAUAUUUCUUUGGCAAGCCCUUGUUUCCUUGUCACCAUCGUAAUUACAUCCUAUUGUUCGCAUAUAUCGCUGUUUUUAUUUAAUUUUCAUUUUUUUGUUGCAACUCCACACGUUUAAAGACUUCAAUUACACUACAGUAAAAUAUAUUUACAUACCUAUAAAGGUCUAUAAUAAUAGUUAGUCAAGUAUUAAACAUUUUGUUACCUACAAGCCAGGGGUCACUCGUACUCGUACUCGGUCAGUCUUUGAGCCGCUCUCGGCGAAAGAUGGUUUUUGAGCCUCAUUGACUCCAAGUUGAGACAAGAGCCGGUCGAGUUGGGGUUUGGCUGCACCAUCUCGCGCAUGGGUAUCUGCUCUCUCUCUCUCGUUUGGCAUUGCUUCAAAGAGAUAACGACCCAUUAAUGGUGCAUGUGUUGUGUGGGGGGUGAAUAGCUGUAAAUCUCUCUCUUGUUAAACGACCAACUUUUGGCCUCGGCACGUGCUAGGCAUCAUGGCCAAGCCAUUUAAAAGGAAGUUAUUUAAAUAACAAACAUCCAUGUCCUUCACAUCACUUCGGGUCGGUUGUUAAAAAUUUUAAUACCGUCUAAGAUCUACAACUGGUGAUUUAACUUGCUUCGUUUUCCAGCAUUUUAAAAUGACAUUUUUAAACUGGGCUGUCCCAUCAGAAUGCAUAAGGUUUUCAUUGUAACCAAGCUCUCCCAAGUGCCUCUAUGAUUGUACUCUGCAAAAAUCAACUUGGCAUUUUGCCUUCCCUUUUGUACAAUACAUCCCCCAAACAUGCAAUCACUUUUGUACAAUACAUCCGCCAAACAUGCAAUCACUUUUGUACAUUACAUCCCCCAAACAUGCAAUCACUUUUGUACAAUACAUCCGCCAAACAUGCAAUCACUUUUGUACAAUACAUCCCCCAAACAUGCAAUCACUUUUGUACAAUACAUCCCCCAAACAUGCAAUCACUUUUGUACAAUACAUCCGCCAAACAUGCAAUCAUUUUUUUACAAUACAUCCCCCAAACAUGCAAUCAUUUUUUUACAAUACAUCCCCCAAACAUGCAAUCACUUUUGUACAAUACAUCCCCCAAACAUGCAAUCACUUUUGUACAAUACAUCCGCCAAACAUGCAAUCGCUUUUGUACAAUACAUCCAAAAACAUGCAAUCACUUUUGUAAAAUACAUCCAAAAACAUGCAAUCACUUUUGUAAAAUACAUCCAAAAACAUGCAAUCACUUUUGUAAAAUACAUCCAAAAACAUUCAAUCACUUCUGUACAUGUAUCCAAAAACAUGCAAUCACUUCUGUCCAAUACAUCACAAAGCAUACAAUCUCUUCUGUACAAUACAUCACAAAGCAUACAAUAUUUUCUGUACAAAUACAUCACAAAGCAUACAAUCUCUUCUGUACAAUACAUCACAAAGCAUACAAUAUCUUCUGUACAAAUACAUCACAAAGCAUACAAUCUCUUCUGUACAAUACAUCACAAAGCAUACAAUCUCUUCUGUACAAUACAACACAAAGCAUACAAUCUCUUCUGUACAAUACAUCACAAAGCAUACAAUCUCUUCUGUACAAUACAUCACAAAGCAUACAAUCUCUUCUGUACAAUACAUCACAAAGCAUACAAUCUCUUCUGUAAAAUACACUGAGUCAAAUUGGCGUCCAUCAAAAUGAAAACCAAGUUGAAUUACAGGUCUAAUAAUAAACCUAGAAUGAUAGCAACAUAUAGCCAACCAAAUAAACUUAUCAUAUAUUAUUAAUGUGCCUGUGCGUAGAUCUAUAAUCAGGCAUGUACACUAUACUAUUAUAUUUGAUGAAGACAUAUAUAUUUGGCCUUAAUUAUCUUGCAUUUUAAGAAUGAGAUCGAAAGUAUUUAUUGAUUGAUAUUGUGCGUAAGUUAUAAGCCAACCUACUUUAGACUAAACGUUGAUUCAUUUUAAUCAGACCUGUGAUUAAGCCCUAAAUAAAUUUUAAAUCAUAAAUGGGCUGACACUAUCUGUCUGCAUUUCAUGUUGAAGAUUAAGCCUCGUUUACUUGUCAAUAAAAUAUUACACUAUACUGUUACUAUAAGUCUUGAUAUCAAAUAAUUAUAAGUCGUCAAUCAUUUUUAACUAUGACCAUUCAAAGAAAUUGGCAUAUUGCUAUUUCAAGAAAGGCUCAGUGCAUCCAUGAUUCUGAUUCUGAUGUCAUAGAUGUUAGUGAUAGCCUAGGUGAUGCUAAUAGCAUUUGUGAAACUGAUAGCAGAGGUGAUACUGAGAGCAUUGGUGAUACUGAGAGCAUAGGAGACACUGCAUGAAGCUUAUUGGUUGGUAAGAAAAGCUGUAGGGCGAUUCCUCACUAAAUAUUAAAAUCAGGCCUACAUUAACUACAUUAAAAUGCUGCAUUACAUUUAAUAACUAAAGUCUAUAGGCAUGGCCGAGUUUUAGCUCGAUAGGUUAAAAAGGAAAUGGGUCAAUUAGCCUUUAGAAGAGCGAUGAACUAAUGAGAAGUUAAUAUUAAGUUUUUGUGUGUGUCUUUUUUGAAGAAAAGGGAAAAGCAUUAGCUUGCCAGUUGUUAUCAAUCGACCAAACCUUAAAACUAUCAGUUGUCAAAGCACAGAUUUGCAGACAAGCAGUUAAUUUUUACAAAUUUCAAACUCGUUUUUUAUUACUCUUUUUUUCCCCAGAUAUUUUCGUGGCCGACGCACUUUAGUACCAGGAUUUGAAUUACAUUGAUAUCUGUGAACAUUGCAUUUAUAGGAAAUAUCAGGCAAUGUACAGCGACAGCUUCGAUGGUUUUGAUCCAGAUGCUCACAUCACGGCUUAUAAGGCAUUGUACAUCAUCUUCAUCAUCCUCAUACUGCUGGCCAACGGUUUGCUCAUAUCCAAGAAUGUCAGUAAAUGUGAUUUUAUGUACAAGCUAAAAACUCUGACAAUUUUAUCGCUGGCCAUGGGAGAUGUUCUUCUAGCUCUGUUUCCAAUGGUUUAUCAAACUAAGGUUUUGUUUGGAGAUUAUGCGUCGACUGGACUUUCUUGCACUACGGCAAUAACGUCCAGUGUCUACACUCCAUUUCUGAUCACCUUCGUCUACGGUACUGGACUAAUGGUGCUCGGCUUUGAAAUAAGUCAAUCUCAGAAAAGCUCACCCACAAAUACAAACACUCAAAUCAUUUAUUCUCUCGGGUACAGCAGUUUUCCUUGGAUGCUUGGACUUGUCGUUGUCUUACCCCUUGGGAUGGCGAACUUCAAUGUUGACACGUGUCAGAGUGCUCAGAGCUUAAGUCAGAACAUAGCUUCUGUCGUCAUUGGAAUUAUUUUACCAGCAUUUGGUGCAGUGAUCACUUCUAUCAUUGUCAAGAAUAGAAAAUCCCACACAGUGAACAGCCCUGCACAAGCUGUAGUUGUUUACAACAGCCGCACAACUGCUACCGCAAUCCAGACAACGAACCCAGCAGAAGUGAUCCCAGUGAGCCCGAAUCAUUCACAGUCCUCAAUGUUUGCCUCUCCAACAACGUACCCGACACAUGGACAACCACCACAGUUCUACAACCAACCCCCUUCACAAGGACAACCACCACAGUUCUACAACCAACCCCCUACACAGGGACAACCACGACAUUUCUACAACCAACCCCUUACACAGGGACAACCACCACAGUUCCACAACCAACCGUACGCAGAAGGACAAUAUCCGAACAACCCCCAACAACCACCACCAUACCACAACCAACCCCUUACACAACCGUACUACAUACCGGUUCAGACGCAGUACGCAAAUCCAACUUAUUAUCCAGGUAACGUUAGUGGCGCCCCGAGUCAAACAGGUAUUGGGAUCACAGCCGUCACAGCUCUGUCCGGUCCUACACCAAAAGUUAACAGACUGUUUGCCAUUUCGGUCGUCUAUUUUGUGCUAGUCAUGCCGACUGCCAUUUUUAAUCUCAGCUACACACUCAAUUUAGAUCGUGUUGUUCUAGCAAGAUUUCCAUUUGCAGUGAUUGAUGGGCUAGUGUUGUGGCUUAACAUUGCCAGGUCUUUCAUUACACCCCUCAUGAUGUACCGUUAUUCUGAUGACUAAACAAUAUGACGUAAUGUUAUCGUUUCAUUGUCAAACCUAUCAAAAUUUAAUAUCGUCUACAGGUUUUUUUUUCCUUAUAAUAUUUAACAGUAAUUAUGAUGACAUGACUUUUGGCCGACAUGAUGUUUGUCUUACAUGACUUUUGGCCGACAGGAUGUUUGUCUUACAUGACUUUUGGCCGACAGGAUGUUUGUCUUACAUGACUUUUGGCCGACAGGAUGUUUGUCUUACAUGACUUUUGGCCGACAGAUGUUUGUCUUACAUGACUUUUGGCCGACAGGAUGUUUGUCUUACAUGACUUUUGGCCGACAGGAUGUUUGUCUUACAUGACUUUUGGCCGACAGGAUGUUUGUCUUACAUGACUUUUGGCCGACAUGAUGUUUGUCUUACAUGACAUUUGGUGGACAGGAUAUUUGGCUGACGUGAAACUUGAUAUGAACACUGUUGUAUUUAUGAUGUAGAUAUUAACACUAUUUAAUACUAGAAACAGUCGUAGAUGGAUGGCUUGGUGUAUUGGCUUGACGUUAGUGGGGACGCCGUAACACCCCCUCAUCAUUGUACGGUUAUUCUGAUUACUAAACGAUGACAAUCAAUAACUGCUCACCUUUCAAAAGUUUAUAGCUUAGCGCACGUGUCUAUAUUUCACUAUACAUAUAUGCCAAACAUACCUUGAUAUUAAUCCAUGACUAUUUAUCCAUGGACAUUUCAAGUUUUAGAUAAAAUGCCAGUAAAUAUUUUACACUAAUU